AUGGAUCUCAGCAAUCCGCGGAAUGUGCCUGGUGGAGUACUGAAGCGUGAGCUCUUCACUGGAAUCUCCUCAAGCAUCAUGAGCUUUAACCUCGACCUGGAUCUCCCGUAUUCAACCUUCGACUUGAGCGAUGACUUCUUCCAAGACUUCAAGACUCUUCGCCGGCUUUGGCUCAAUUUUACGACAACGAGGAUCCCAUCGAGUCUCCAAAUCCCGAAGAAUCUGACUACGCUGCACAUCAUAAGAGCUCGAAUAUCGGAAAUCACCCCGGAACAAUUUUCGAAUUUGAGUGCUUUAGAAUCAUUGGAAAUCCUUCAUGUGCCCGCCGUGCGGAUCGCUCCCAGAUCUUUCGCGAAUCUUCGCCGCUUGUCUACCCUAAAGUUGUCUGGGAUGAAAGCAACAGAGAUCCCUGCGGAGAUCUUCCUCGGUCUCAAGAUCCUCAAGGUCCUAAAAGUGUCUCAUUGGUUGGAUUUGAAGACAAUCGAUCCGAACACGUUCGUCCACACGCCGUACAUGGCCUUCCUCACAUUAGAUUCCCUGCCAAAGCUCCAAGACCUUCCCCGAGGCCUUUUCAGUAGUUUCAAACAUGCGAGAAGCAUCGAUAUCACUCGCUGCGCUCUGAAGCGAAUACCAACGGAUAUCUGGCCGUCGAGGGAGCGAAUCGACCCAAGGGUCUCCAAGAGACGUCCAUUUCGCGAAUACAAUUCGACUCGACUCAACCUAGCCGGGAACCUAAUCGAAUCCAUUUCAUCGAAUGAUUUGAGUAAUUUGACAUAUUUGACCCAUCUCGAUCUUGGGAAUAAUCGGAUCAAACUCAUAGAGAACGGUGCAUUCGACAAACUAGAACUCUUGCGAACGAUAAUAUUGAGCGGAAACCAGCUGGUGAGCUUCGGCUCCUCGCGCGCCUUGAUCAGUGCACGGAACCAGCACAUAGAGAAACUGAUCCUUCGAAACAACCGGAUCGAGGCUUUCCCAAACAUCUCCUUCAGCAAGCUGGCCAAGUUCGGCGUUCUCGAUCUGAGCGAUAACCUGAUAGACGAAUUCACUGUGCCUCUCUUCAUGAGCGUGAAUACCACGGUCCUGCUGAAGAACAACCGACUCAGAUUGGUGACCAUGCGUCACUUCGAGGGUCGAGCUAACGACAGUCACAUUUUCUUCAUCGAUAACAACCCCUUCCAAUGCGACGGGCACAACUACGAUUUCCUGAGUUAUCUUCACGGCAUGAGUUCCGAAGUCGCCGACUUCCGAAAGUUAGGCAAUUGCUUUUGCGAAAACACGACCGAGACGCUUCUCGACGUGAACAUCCGUGACCUCUCCAUCAGAUUGGAAAGUUGCACCGAUGAAGAGUCCUGUGAAUGCCUCCGCUUCCCCUGGAAUAAGACGACCAGCGUGCGAUGUCGUCAUGGAGGCUUGGAGAGAGUUCCUGAUCUGCCCCUCGGGGUGACCGAUCUGGACUUCGAAGGCAAUGCGUUGACUGUUUACCCUGAAGGAAUACGCAGAUACCCGGAGCUUCGGUUCGUGAAUCUAAAGCAUAAUCAACUGUGGAACAUCGACAAGGUGUUCUCGUCCGCGCCGCCCAAUCUAGAGGAGCUCCAUUUGGAGUUCAACAAAUUAGAGAGAUUGAAUGUUGACUCACAGAACAUCAUCGAUUUCUCCAUGGCUCUUUCGGAUAAUCCAUGGAUCUGUGAUUGUCGAAUGAGGAACUUCAAAUGGUUCCUGGAUGCGAACCCGGGGAAGAUUUUGGAGCCUUCCGAAAUAAAAUGUGAGAGCGCCCUCAAAAUCGAUGGGCGCGAGGAAUCUGUUAUGAAAAAUAUCCCAUGGGACGUUAUUUGUCCGGAUGAGACCGUGUGGAUCCUCGCAUCGAGUUACAUUGUCGUUUUUCUGCUGUUGAUGACCGCCAUCGUUUCGUACUUCAAACACAGAUAUCUCAUCACUGCAUUCAUGUACAUCCACCUGAACUGGUUGUUCCGAUGCCUCUCGAAUGGAGAAGAGACGGAGGAAAGCAGAAAGUUUGACGCCUUCCUCUCCUAUCAUACCGACGAUCGUGAAAUGGCUAUGGAGAUCCUCCGCGAGCUCGAGUCUGACGUCGCCGUCCAUGACGCACUCAGACGUGAGCGCGACGCCGGUGUCGGCCCAUUCGAACUUGCGAUCCACGAGCGGGAUUUCGUCGCCGGAAAGGAACUCACAUGGAACAUCAAUGAGCUCGUCAAAAACUCCCAUAGAUCCAUAAUUAUCAUGUCCGAGAAGUUCCUCGACUCGCGGUGGUUUUCGAUCGAAUUCCUAGCUGCGUACGGCCAGACUCUGGAAGACCACGUCAACCGCUUGAUCAUAAUUAUCAAGGGUGAUCUCCCAUCUGAUGAGGGCUUGAGUGAGCGAUUCGAUCGGCAACUGUGUGAGACGCUCAAGGGUGUUUUAAAAAACAGAUUAUAUCUUACUUGGGGAGAAAGGUGGUUCUGGGAAAAAUUGCUGUAUGCGAUGCCGCACGGUAGAAGCGCCAAGCUCAGGAAGUAACGAGAGCCGGGGAAAGAUGCGGUGGAGCCAAUGAGGGGCAGAAUAAUAUCAGCAGAUUCUGAAAUAUAGGCAUAUAGCAGGCCUUGGAAUCCCCCUGAUAGCUCGAUGAGUUCUCGAGGCUCGACGGAGACCGGGGCGGAAUUGAGGUUCCAAACAUUCAAUCCGGAGUUUAUAUUUGAUAAAUCACCCGUUUAUCCUGUCUUCUUCAUGCAAUGCAGGUAAUGUGUAUUGUACAAUCGAAUGAUUGCACCAAUAGCCUGCCGCUGGACCGAACGGUAUAAUUGAUGUGAAAUAAACUCCGGAAA